AUGGUCCUCGACGACGCCUCCCCCCAGGCCACAAUGGGCGGAGGAGAAGGAGGAGGAGCAGGCGGAGGCACCUUCGUACCCGAAAACACCGAAUUCCCCAUCCCGAAAUUCUACCCACGACAAGUGCGCCCGGAGCUCGUGGUCCGCCCAGAUUUAUUCAUCAUGGCCUUCUACCCGGGCCCGUGGCAAUGGCGCCGAAAACUCACAUUCACGCUCAACCGCCGACUAACCAACAUGGAAGCCAUCACGGAGCGGCCCCUCACGCAAGACGAGAUCGACGCGAUGGUCACACACACGAGUCGACGGGUCUAUCACGAGCGAUUCGGAGCGCCGCUGGGCCUGGCGCAGACAUAUAACUCGAUAUGCAAGACGCUGCAGAAAUGGGAUACCUGGCGAGUGUAUUACCAUCGGGAAGGGAAGUGGGUGCAUCCGGUGGAUGGGUUCAAGGCGUUGCGGGACAUGGCGAUGGCGGAUUCCGCGAGCGCGGCGAAACUGCUGGGGACGGUGGGGGUGCGGGGGUUCUUCUGGACUCUGCUGGCGUUGACGGCGUCGACGAUGGGGGCGACGUUUAUGGAGACGCUGAACUUGGCGAUGGAUCCCCGGUUGGCUGAUUUUAGGGAGGUGGCGAAAAACCAGGAUCCUGAGGUUAAGAAGCGGAAGGCGAUGGAGGCGUGGAAGCGCGAGGCGGCUGAGAAGGCGGGCAGGAUUGUUCCGGGGAUUGCGGGCGACCAAACGAACCCAGGAGCGGAGCAAGGGCAGCAGCAGCAAGAGCAGUCGGCGUCGGCGUCGACGAGUUGGGGAUCUUCAUCGCCGUCGCCGUCGCUACCUCCUAGAGCUCGGCCGGUUGCGGAACAGUCUCAGGGUGCCAGUUUCUUCGAUGAUGACGAUGCCAGUCCCACGGCUCCGGAGUACAGGCAUGCCGAGGGCAGGAGCCAAGGCGGAAGUGCCUGGGACCGGAUCAGACAGCACACUAUGUCAGGUUCGCCAAGCCAAAGCGGCCAGAGUCCACAAGCCAAGCAGGAACAGGGAGGAUGGAACUCAUGGCAAGGGGCAUCGAGUUCUGGCUCUGGCUCUGGCUCUGGCUACUCCUCUUCAAACCCGGAUUGGGGUAGACAGCGGGAGCGUGAACAGUCGCAGGCGGAGUUCGAUCGGCUGGUCGAGGCCGAAAGGAAUGCCGGUACUGAUUCGUGGAGUGCUGGAAAGCGUUGGUGA